ACUCCUAAUAAUACACCAUUUGCUGCUCUGACCUCCCAUAGAGGAUAGCUCCAAGUCAUAACAAUUAUUACAUUACAAAAAUAGCAUCGAGAAGUUGACCCCCAUCAUUUGUCCCAAGAAAUGGCAGCAGAUGAGGCUGAAUCUGUGUGUAUAUAACUAGGGGACUAAUGGAGCCAGAUGUCAAGCUAAGGUAGUACGUAGUAGCUAGGAGAGAUGGAAAGGGAGAAGAUGGAGAGGGGCAAGUCUGAGCUGAGGAUGGCCAUCGAGGACCUCUCCUUGCCCAGCUCAGGAGAUGGUGAAUAUCAGGAGCAGCAGGGGAAAAUUAGGAGGUCAUCCACCAUGGAUCUCCUUUGUGUCUCCAACCAGCUUCUCCGUGUCCUUGGUUAGUUACUUGAACGAAACUGAAACUGAAAACUGUGAGGAUCGAACUUCGAUGUCUUUAGAGCUACUCUGUUUUAACCUUGGUUUACCAUCUCUUCUUCUUUCACUGUAUGCUUUGUUUUUCGCCGUCAAAGAUGCGAUUGGGCCAACGCUUCUAGUCCUCAGGCAAGACAUUCAGCAAAAUGUUCAGAGAUUACAGGAUCUCCAUGCAAGAGACUCUUCACAAUACGUGAGCUUGACGGCGAUCGUGAUGGAAGAAGUGGAGGAAGGGAACUCAAAGAAGACCAACAGUUGUAGCAGGGCAAUUAUCUGGCUGGCUAGGCCGCAACGCGUCCAGUCCAGAGAACCCGCAUUGGAAGAGAAGAUGAGCUGCGAUGCGAUUGGGCCGACGCUGCUAGUCCUCACGCAAGACAUUGAGCAAAAUGUUCAGAGAUUACAAGAUCUCCAUGCAAGAGACUCUUUGAAAUAUGCGAGCUUGACGGCGAUGGUAACAAAGGAAGUGGUGGAAGGGACCUCAAAGAAGACCAAUAGUUGCGCCAGGGCAAUUAUCUGGCUGGCCAGGUCGGUGAAUUUCUCGAUACAUUUGCUGGAGGGAUUAGUGAAGAACUCAGAGUCAAGCCUGCAAGAGAUGGUGGAAGAAGCAUACAAGAGCACCCUCAAGCCGUUCCAUGGAUGGAUCUCAUCAGCUGCUUACAAGGUAGCAUUGUGUCUUAUUCCGGAAAGAGACAUCUUCAUUCAGUUGCUGAUGGGGAGCUGCCAGGAUCCUGGGUAUUUUGGUGAAGAUGUCAUGGUCUUGGUCUCCAUUGCACAACCUCUGCUAGAGGAGAUAAAUGCCAUUUUGGUAAAGCACCAGCUGGAAAGGCUAAAAUCCACCUGAAACACAAGGAUGAACAGUCACCUGAUGAAUCCGCGCAUCUACCACUGUAUUGCAUAACCUAACGGUUAACAUUUGACAAAGCAUAGGCUUUCAUACACCCCCUUAUCUAGCCAUUCAUUUCCGCAUCAAGAUUUGUGCGAGCACUUUUGUCUUUUUUGUUUCUUCCAAAUAAAACAAUAUAUGAACUAUAAACUUUGGAGGACAACAAAACAUUCUAACCAGAAUGUUAGAAAAAACUUUCAGAUUUUUUCGUGAAACAUAUAUACUAAAACUAAUAUUUUUUACCCCCCCCUCCCAAAAAAAAAAAUCUCAUUUUGUAUAUUUAUGUCGUACCAAAAAAUCUGAAAGUUUUUUCCCACAUUGUAGUUAGAAUGUUUUGUUGUCCUGGAAAGUUUGAAGUUCAUAUAUUGUUUCAUUUUGAAGAAACAAAAAAGAGAAAUAUGCAUGUAACAAGUUAGUUGUGUAGCACGGAUCUCAAAGCAAGAUUGUAGGGUAUGGAUAGGAGGUGUCCAGUAGCCUGAGCUUUUAUAAAUCCACAUUCCUAAGCUAACUAACCUGCCUUGCCUUGUAAAAAUGAAAAAUAAGGACUUGAAAUGCAGGGCUUGUGCGCUUUUCUGCAGCGAUCUCCUGUUUUAGAGAAGUUGACAGAUCUUUAAGCACGGUAUUUACGUUUGAUCCACAUUCCCCAGUUUGAUUUAUAUAAUCGUUCGCACACAUCUUUUUUGUUUUCCACGCAUACUGAAAGAAAUGUAUACUAGUACAUGUUUUUUCUUAAGAUUUAUGAACUUGUGUGGAUGAGAAGCGAAAAGGUGACAGACGUUCAUGCUUCCGCAAAAAGCGAUCACCGAGAAUCUUCUUCUUCGUCACUUAUAAUUGAUAUAUAAGGUGUAACAUAUUUGUUGUGUUCUUCUUGCUGGCUGCAAGAUACAGAAACAAAGCAAAUCUUGAUUCUUCACCUAAUCUCUUGAGAUGAGGCUGAGGAUGACAACCAAAGAUGUUUGCGUUGUCGUGUCGCCGGUCAGCAGAAAGCUAGCUACGCGCAAAGUUACUACUUUUUUUUAGUUAUCGUAUACUCAAGCUGGUGAUGAUAUAUGCAAGCGCAUCAUAAUCUCUACUUGAUUCAUUGUGCAACUUGCUAGUUUGUUACCGGAAGAGAACAGUAAACUAGAAAAGCAACGUCGAGAAAACUCGAGCAAUAUUUCAGCUGGCAAGUGUUGUAGAGAAAUUACCU